AUGUCCCUCCGACCAACCCUCCUCUCAAAAUGGAUCCCGCGACCUAGCGAGAUCCUCCGAACAAAACCCAGCAUACACCUCCACCUAACACGCCCAUCCCCCGCACGCCCGAGCCUCACCUUCCCCAGCGCAACACACCGAACGCUGAGCACAGUGCGGAGCCAGACAACACGCUUCACGCGCAGCCGGACCGGGCCGAGCCCAUUCCCGAGACAGCGACGGUACAACUCCAAUUCGAGCUCUGGGUCUGGCGCGAAGGGACCUGAGUCGAAGGAUACGGGGUCGCUGUCUGCGCGGCUGAAGAAGCUGACGCGCGAGUACGGGUGGGCUGCGCUGGGCGUGUAUCUUGGCCUAUCGGCGCUGGAUUUCCCAUUCUGUUUUGCGGCGGUGCGGUUGCUGGGCGUGGAGCGGAUUGGAUAUUAUGAGCAUGUUGUUAUUGGGUUUGUUAAGGAUAAGCUGAAGAGUGUGUGGCCGCAGGCUGAGGCUUCGGAUGGGGAAGGGGAACUUGCUCAGGCUGAGGAGCGGAAUGAGGAAGAAGCUAGUAUUUGGACUCAAUUGGUUUUCGCGUAUGCGCUUCACAAGAGCUUCAUCUUUAUUCGGGUUCCGUUGACGGCGGCGGUGACGCCGAAGGUUGUGAAGAUGUUGCGUCGGUGGGGAUGGGAUAUUGGGAAGCGAACGCCCAAGAGUACUUGA